AUGAAGUUUUUCGGGUUUAUUUUUCUACUUUUGUUAUACAAAGUCAAAGCUGACCGGCCGCCUUUAUCCUUUAUUAAUCUCAUUCCAAGUCUGAUGACAAAUAUACGUUAUAUCAAAGAAAAUAUGAUUGAUUCAAAUCUUGUAUUCAAUACAACCGUUUCUUUCAUUCAAAUCGAUUCAACAUUCGGUAUUAAUCGAUCAAAUUGUACUCGAGAUCUGCAAACACUUUCCAUCGAUUUCCUUUCAAGAAAAAUCUGGGCAUUAAAAACUUUGGAUGCAUGGGGAAAACUACCCAGUGGCUUAAUGCAUGGAAAUAUCUAUUGGAUCGGUUCAGUUUAUGAAUGUCAACAUCAUUUACGCGGUUUCAACAAUACUGUAAUUGCACAACCGUUUAAAACACGUACAUGCACGAUCGGUAAUGGUAUAUCAACAACGAUUCGACCAGUUUAUGGUAUCUGUAUACCACAAAGCUGCAAUGUCAAUGAUAUUGUUGAUUUCAUUAAUCAACGUAUUAUUAAAAUUCCAUCAAUCAAGAAUUUGAUCAAUUUGACAAAUGAUAGUGUGCACUGUGUCGACUAUCGUCAUCUUGAUACAUCAGCACUUUCGACAAUUGUGCUUAUUUCAGUCAUCGUUUUUCUCAUUCUUCUUGCAACAGGUCUGCAUGUGAUGUAUGGAAAUAAACCGAAUAUGAAGAAAAAUGAUUUAACAUCAACACCCGCUACUGAAACAUUAUUAAGUCGAACUAUAAUAACAACAGACAAUCCAUCUUCGAGUGAUCAUCGCACGGAUGAGUAUAAUCAAUCAACAUCACCAGAUGAAGUCGCACCAUUAGUUACUACAUCCAACGGACGUCUAGAUUCAGUUGCACAAAAUCUGAUCAACUGUUGCUCAUUGAUCAAUAAUUAUCAAAUCUUGAAGUACAACAGCUAUCCACAGAAAUUAGCUUGUCUUAAUGGAAUUCGUGUACUUUCACUUUGUUGGAUUGUUCUUGGACAUACGAUCAUUUUUGCUGCUUAUUAUUCCGAUAAUCUACUGACAAUCUUCAAUUGGUCUCGCAAAUUGUGGUUUCAAAUAAUUGUUCAAACAUUCUUCAGUAUUGAUUCAUUCUUCGUAUUAAGUGGUUUACUAACAUCUUUUACAUAUUUCAUUUCGAAAGUGGAAACUGAACGCUUCUCUCUCGUUAAAUUUAUUCUCAAUCACUAUGUUCAUCACUAUUUAAGAUAUACAGUUUUGUAUGGGAUCAUUUUGCUUAUUUAUAUUACUCUUUCGCCAUACUUGGGUCAAGAUGGACCGAUGUAUCCUACGGAUGGGAUUGAAUCAGCAUCGUGUCGACAAACGUGGUGGCGUAAUUUACUUUAUAUUAAUAAUUUUUUUGAAUUGCAACACAGUUGUAUGCCAGUGACAUGGUUCUUAGCAGUGAAUAUGCAAUUCCACUGGAUUGCACCAUUAUUUCUGUUAAUUGUGUCUUGGAAAUGGCUUUUUGGAAUGCUUGUUUCCGUUGCUUUGAUCAUCGUUGAUCUCGUCACUACAGCGGUUAUAGUAUCAAACAAUGAUUACGAGUAUGGUUUUCUAAGCGAUUUCUACUCUGAUAGAUCCAAUCUAUCUAGUACAACAAAUGGCUAUUUACAGAAUGUCUACAUUAAACCAUGGUGUCGUGUUGCUCCUUAUGCACUGGGUUUGUCAAUUGGUUACAUAAUUUAUGAAGUUUAUCAACGUUCAAAUUCAUUAUCAUGGGAUAAUCUAAUCCCAAGACCAAGAGUUUUUUCUCAACAUCAUUAUAAGAAACAGAUCUUAAUCUGGGCAUUUGCUUUAACUAUUUUAGCACUCUGUAUAUUUGCUACCUAUGGUGAUUAUAGUGGACAUCCAUUAACCCGCGGAAACCGUAUUGCAUUUCUGACUCUAUCGAGACUUCAAUGGUCAGUUGGACUUUGUAUGAUAAUCGGUGCAUGUUUCUCGGGACACGGAGGUAUAGCAAAUCGUUUAUUAAGUCGAACAUGCUUUUAUAAAUUAUCUAAAUUAACCUACGGCGCAUAUUUAUGGCACUCAUUAGUUAUUUUCGUUAAUUAUCUCGGUCGAGAACAACCAACACACUAUACAAUUGCAAAUAUUUUUUUCAAUUUCACUUGCUAUACAAUAUUUUCGUAUUUCUUGUCAUUUCUGACGUUCCUUCUCAUUGAAUUACCUAUAAUUCAAUUACUCAAACUUUGCUUUAAUCGGCCUGCAAAACCUCAAUAG